UAACGGCGCUUCCCCCCCCCUCUCUCUCUCUCUUUCCCCAUUCGUUGUCGGAAAAUCUCAAAGUCCAUGGUAACUCGUUCGUUAUAACUCGGUUUGCAACCAUCUACCAUGACGCAUGAUGACAUAUCGUACAUCGUCGGUGUAAUCCGUGAACGCGUAAUACACGUACGCACGAUCGAGCAGGUGACAAACGUGUCAUUCGGUUCGAUGAUUGGUAGAUCGAUAGGACUCUUGAUUGUAUCUGAUGGCUGGUCGCAACCACCCUUGUCUCCGUGAUGUCAGCAGCCCCUGGAGUCCCUCCUGAAGAGUGAUAAAUAAAGGAACAGCGAGGUACAGGGGCUCUUAUUCACAGACCGGUGACCCUUUCGAGAGUUUGCCGAGGCGAAAGAAGACUUUCCGGCCGCGUCAAGACAAUACGCCGGCCUAUCUUCGCUACUUAUACACGCUUCUUCUUCUUCUCCCCUUUUACUUUUUUCUGUUUUUUUCUUCUUUUUUACGAGGCGGCGACAAAAAGCGUCAGCAAUGCAUCGUCAGCUGUUGGCGAGUGAAAAAUAGGAUUUAAACUUAGCGCUAAAAGUCACAUGUUCUUUUGGUAUUAAUUCACUAUCGAUCUGUUUCGAUUCCAUUACCGGCUACUCUCGCGUUCGUUUCCGGUCCUCUGUUACGAACACUGUCAUGUCUGCCUUACAAUAAAAGCACUCGUAGAAAUUAUUUCAUUCCUAAAAUCUACCUCAGUCCCAAGAUCAGCGAUGCACUUAAAGAUUUUGCACGAGAGGGAAAGUAUUUCUGAUUAAGAAUCUCACGUACAUAUCAUCGACAUGGAAAUCCGCUGUAUUUAAUCCGCGAGACGUAGAGGAUGGACAUAAUAAUGCCGUGUAUCGACGACCGAUUUCAAAAUUUGAUUGAUGCGGUCACUCAUCCUGCACUAAACAAGUAUCACGCUGUAUGUACUCAAUUCAAAUUUUCGUUCGCGUAUAUAGAUCUCGGUGACGAGAUGAUGCGAGACUCGAACAAAGAAUGAACCUUGUGGUAACGUACCUGUCGCGGGAUUAGACGUGACGAAUCGGGAAGAAGCGGAUACGGAUGUUUGCGUAUUUAUCAAAGGUGACAUGUAGAAAAAAAAAGGGAUCGGACCUAAUCCGAAAUACGUAAUAUAUGUCGGACACGGGUUCAGGAUAUCAAGAUAUAUCGCACGAUUACAUUCUCCAUCACUGAGAAAAAUAUCUUUGUUAAUUGAACAAAAAAUGAUUUAUGCGAUGAUUUGGUAGGAAUACGGAUCGAUUUGUUAGUAUUGCGAAUCUUUUGUCAUCAUUCGUCAAUGUAACAAAUAACACACGGUUUACAAUACAAAUCACAUUUGUUGCAGUAUAUUUGUUAUAGAUGUCAAAAUAUUUUUUUACAACUUUACAACUAGUGUCUGUAACAAAUAACAACAAAUUAAUGCAUCAAGAAAAGGCACUUGAUUCUUAAUAACCUUUUCUAGAUAUUAUUAUUUUUAAUGUUUGAGAGCUUUUUUUGAAUUUUAUUGAGAAAAGAAUACAUAAUUGUCUAAAGUAGAACAACCAAAUUGCUAGAUAUUAUUUGUAUCUUUUGCAAAUAAUCAAAAUUCCUAACUGCUAAAAAUCUAUCCAGCAGAAGCAUAAUAGUUUCUAUUACUAACAAUUGUUUAUAAUAGCAGAUUAAUUGUUUAGAAUAGCAAAAGAGCAUCGGUCUCUACAAGAGAUGUAUUGUAUUCGACAGCAAAUCAAAAGUAACAAAUCAUAUUCGUUGUCGGUACCGACACAUUUGUUUUCACUAGAUCUACAAAUCAAAUGCUUGUUAAAUUAACAAAAUCUUUUUUCUCAGUGAUUGAAUCGCGAUGAAUGAAAAAUUUCCUCUGUGACAUUCAUCGUGAAUAUCUUUUCACAAAAACAGUCUCGCGAAUUGAAUCUCGACCAGUUACCAAAGGAGAAAGCUUUAUGAAGCCGACGCCCGGCGAGAACACAGAGGGAUGUUUGUCUCGAGUAAGAGUCGAGAAAGCUUUUGAGAUAUUUCGUUGCGGACGACGACGACGGCGGCGGCGGUGGUGGAGACCAAGGCCAAAUCGACGACGCCCACGUAUAAAAAUGUAGCCUAACAAAAGGGAAAAAAGGCAAAAGAAGAGAAAGAGAGAGAGAGAGAGAGAGAGAGAGAGAGAAAGAGAGAGAGGCGGUGAAACAGUGGGGUUAAAUGCCGUUAUUACACCACCCACGUUCCGACCGUACGAUAAAAGUUUAUUCACGCGGCCUUCCGACUCGUGCCAUCCCUCGAUAAAUUCCGACUUUUAAAGUAGCAAACGAAUUUGGAUAGAAUUUAAAAUUGUUGCAGGUACAGCCCUUAUGAUGGCCGGGAACAGAUCCUCCAACGCGUGUGUACACACAUUCCACGGACGCGCGGAAAUUCGCGUAAAUCCGCGGUGAACGCGGCCGCGCACGAACGAGAUUAAAUCCUCUCAUUUACGAAGCUCGUUUCCAUAAUCGUGCGUCAGAUCAAGGAUAGGUACGUUAAUAAAUUAGUUUCCCAACGCGAAACACUCUCUCUCUCUCUCUCUCUCUCUCACAUGAAAUCACAAUUAAGCUUUCCUCUCUCAUCAAUAUUGUUUUGCUAAAUUAUGUUAUAUGAGAGUCGGAUCUAUCAUUUUUCUAAAAGGACAGAACAAAAUUUUCGUGCCGUCAAAUUGAUAUACCUUCCACAAGGCGCUCUAUAAUAAAUUUCAGAUUUUAUAAGGUUUGAUCGAAAAAGAAAGAUACGCGAUCGCAGGAAUUGGCCAUUGAAAAUUGUUUCGUAACAGUGACAUUGGUGGCAAGUGAAAUUCUCGUGUGUGCGCGAAGCUGCGGUGUUCGCUCGUAAAGGAGUUGAGAUUGCGAAGGAAACCACCACGAGAAGGAAAAGUCACUGUGUCUGCCGCAGACUGGAAUGCAAAGUUUUAAUUAACUGCAUCGAUAAUUAAGCACACGAACACACGUGUAGCCUUGAAGUAAUCGCAAACUGUUGCGUGACACGUCUUUACAUCCAAAAUUUUGGGUAUUUUCCUGAUUGCUCCUCAACCGUUACUCUCAUUGUCAGUGACACGAUGUGAAUUCCAACAUAUUUGAUUUAUAAAAAAAUCCCACAGAAUUGCAAUCUCUGCUUAUUCACAAUCGAGCGUCUACAAACGUUCUUCAAGUUCCUCCUCUUCUCGUACUUUUUCAUCAAGAAACGCAACGAAUCGAUCCUUCCGAUAUCAUAAUUAUUUUAGGGAACAUACUCGCCACUCAUCUUUUAUUUACAAAAAAAAAUGUUCCAUAGAACGGCAGCACAGUGUCAAUUGUUUUGAAAUAUAGUUUAACGAAUAAACAAUAAACAAUGCUAUUUAUUUUUGAAGUAUUGCAGCGUUGAUUUCUAAUAAAAUGCACGUGUAGGAAGAAUCUAGCUUUCCCAGAGAAGCGAUCAGUGAUUUAUUGACGAGAAACGAUCUUGUUUGUACGCGUGUCGACGAAAAGCCGAUUGAUGUGUAAUUGGUUCUCGUGAAUGGUCCGUGAUCGCUAAGUGCACCAAUCGCGUUUCUUUGCAACAAAUCAUCACGCGAGUCAAUUAUUUUUGUUACAUUCGCGAAGCGGUAAUAACGCGAACAUUAUACGUCAAAGGGAUGUAUAUUUGGUAUUGUGUAUGCAAAAAUAUCUUCUGCAGCCUUUUCGCAUUGCGCGCGAGAGGUAUUCAAUUCGUUACAAACUCGUUACAGAUAUUUCCGAUAUUUGUUUGAUGACGCACUCAAAAGGGCGGUAACGCGAAUGGAAAUUAAUAAUGUUUAUACAUCUAUUGGCCGCCGCGGGCGUGUAGCGAUAAAAUAGAUUUUGGCGUCCCAAAUGUAGCUGGUCGUCGCGCCUCGAUAUGAUGAGUGUCGCGGAGCGUAUGGAGGAAACGUUCUAAAUUUUUGAAUCAUUAAAUUAAUGUCGCAAAAGUGACCAAAAGUGGUUGAGACUGUACAAACGAUCGAUAAUGCUUAUCGCGGUUUCCAUGGAUACAUUAGUCACAAAACCGAACUCUUCGACGCUUCUGUUUAAUAACGCAUAUUUCGUAAACGUCUUCCCUGCAGGUCUAUUCUGUAACUCUUACCGAUAGUUUUGGUAUCGUUACAGUUGAUGUCGUUGCGCAGAUGUUACGCGUGGUAAAAAAGCUGCAACGACACAUUGUAUCGUCACGAUAUCGAACUGUCGUUACAGAAUAGGUCUAUUGUAAUCAAAAUUACAGAGAUAAAAAUGCUCGUCGCGUUGAGGAUGAAUCCAGUGCGAGUGAGCGAACGCGAAUGGACGCGAACAACUCACUGUAACGAGGACCAUCGCACAGGAUGGAUGGAAACGUUGGAAUUAAUGGACAUGACAUUUUUCUCACGAUAGAAACUCGACAUGCAUCUCUUCCAUGCAUUUUAAGACGUAAUUAAUUAUGAAUAAAUAAUAUUGAAUAAUAUUUUCUGGAAAUUUAAUUCAAUUAACUCGUUUGAAAUAACUCUCAAUUAUGUAAUAUAUGCGAUGUGAUGUAUCAUCGCAAUAAAAUAUAAAGGCAUAUCUUGUGAAUAUCGGCACUUUAGAGCAUUCAAUCUUCACAGAUCAACAUUUAAAAUAAAAAGAAUCAUAGAAUGAUGUUCACAAAUUUGAAUUAUUCGAUCAAAUGUGAUCAGUUUUUUUAUAGGGUUCGAGAAAUUUACGAUUAUAGAAGAUAUCUGUUUAAAUAUAGAAAAAAAGGCAAUACAUGGGUAAUACAUAGGAUAAUAUACUCUUUUAAGAGGGUUGGGGAAGAGAUGGUGAAGUAGCCCCUCGAAACACAUAUUUCGCAGUUUUACAUAAUUUCGAACAGUUUCCGAAAUAUAGAGGAUUGGGGACAGACUUUCAUCAGCAAUUCGCAAUGAUACAUUGUUAAUAUUUAAGUGACAUUUGGUAUUGUUAAUACGUAUGGCAUUGUUAAUAUUUAAGUGAUGUUUAAAUGACGAGAAAACUAGCAAAAAAUAUAUUAAUCGAUUGAGAGAACUUUGGUUGAUCGUUCUACAAUAUACAUUUUACGUUUUACGUGAUUUAAAUAAUAGAAAAAUGAAAAAUCUCAAGCUCAUUUUUUAACUCAUGUCCAUUGAUUCGAUCAUUUCGAUCCUUUGUACGACAUAUCGAGGCAAAUCGUUCGCGCUUGUUCCAUAUGCCUGAUCUGCGGUUUAAGAGACGCGCAAUUCGAGAUUCGCACGGGAAUCGUUCGUCCUCCGCGUGCGCAAGAUAUCAGCGAACGCUCGAUCGAUCGCCGCGGACUGGCACAGCAAUGCGUAUCAUUUCACACGUACGCACUAUUUGCGUAUCCAUUAUCGGAACAUAUUAUCGAGAACAAACCCCAGCGGAAUACGGGAAAACUCGUAUCGCCGCGGGAUUUCAGUGUAACGGCCGCCGCGCGAAAUCCUUAAGCGUUUCUCGACGGAUGUACUCUUUCUCGAAUCGCGCGAGCGCGAUCAAAGCUGAAUUUUGGCUCGAACGAAACCCGAAGCGAAAGCCAGCCCAUCCGUUUCGAGAAGUUCAUUAUCGUCGGGAUAGUUUCAACAAACGGGAUACCAUCGCGGCCGUUAAUGUGGCCACUUAAUGGCAGCUAACAAUUUGCACUUCAAAGGCGUUUCUCGUUUGUCGUAACUCACGAGAGUUUAUCGGUGCUGUCGGGCGCGCAUUAACCGAAAUCGUCUGACAUCGUAGCUGCUGCAUUUCGAGCCAAUUUAGAGGUAGACCCGUAUAGGUCAGACACGUCCGGUCUCAAUGAAGCUGAGCUAGCUGUAUGUACCACUUCGCUGACUAAUCACAUUUUAAGUACGAUCUGCGUUGAUAAGAGCAAACAUGUUCCUCGAACAAACUCCCACGAUUUUCAAAUAAAAUUGCCGUGUUUAAUUGGCGCCAUGUUAAAAUAUCGAAUGGCAGAGAUAAAGUAGUUUGCAAAACAUUUAAAAGCUUUCGCACGCGCGAUUUAGAGAAUAUGUGACCUUUCAUUCGCGUUUUCCCUUAUUCCGCGGAGAACGAGCGUUCGAUAACACUUUGAGAUGGAAAUUGCAUUUGCGGUGCGAAUACCUCUCUCGUUGAAAUUCGUUUAAAGAGUCCUAUUUUCGGCAGCCGCGCGAUUCGUUCGCGUAAAUUGACGAUUUAACACGUUAUAAUUGCUAACCAUUAAUUUUAUUCCGCGAAACAAUUUGUGUAUUUUAUAUCAAUUUUGAGCUGCGUAAAUUUUUUUUUAAUUAGAUUAUAAUCCCUUCCGAGAAAAGUGAGUAAAAGUCACUCGGGAAGUACUUUGCGCUUCAACGGAAAUAUUAAUCGAUAAGUUUCGCCAAAGUUUCUGACGGCGCGGCACGACGCGGCGCGGCGGCGACCCAGCUGCCCUCCGUAAUUCCCUUCAUCAUGUUUUAAUGUUCGUUAAGCCUCGAUUCAAUCGCGCGACUCGUACGACUCGAAAGAUCCAAUCUAACGGUAAUACCGAGCUUUUCGCUAACUUACAGAGCUAAAAAUAUUUUCGAGAAUAAAGUAAAGAUCGCCGGUUUUCCGCGCGGUGAAAAUGGGUCGAGAACUCUCGUCGUGAGUGCACCAACACGAGACAUUUGGUGCGAUGAGAUCCGCGUAUUCGAACAUCACCGACAUACACAACAUGAUCGCGCUAUGCAAACGAACGAGGUCCUCGAAAUACUCCGGCCGGUACAAUUACGGGCUGUGGACGAUCGAGCCGAGUAUCUUGAGCAUUAUCGGAUAUACCGUGGUCAUUCCUGUAGUUUCCGCACUCGGAAUAAUCGGAAAUUCUCUGAUCCUCAUAGUCCACUUCAAAGCGAAGACAUACCUGAAAGCGUCGACAUACACAUAUUUAGCAGUGCUCGCGACCUCGGAUCUGAUUACCUGCAUCUUGCUCGUCUUCUCCAGUCUGGCUCGGGGCAUUUUCCGUUGCUACAAAGGAUGGCUGGAAUUCGACGCGUUCGUAUACUUUCCGCUCGGCUCCAUUACGUCAAACAUCACAGUCUGGGCCGCAUUAGGUGUGAGCGUCGAUAGACUGAUAAUAGUCUGCAGCAUGCCGCGUAGCAAACCACCGGGAUUCUGUAGCCAGCAUAUAGCACGCAAGCUGAUGAUCUUCGCCAGCUGCUUCGCCAUUUUGAUCAACGUACCAUACUGCUUUAUGUACAAGUACAACGAUCGUGGUGAUUUAGUGACGACCAAUUUUUUUCACUCGAGGUGGUACUAUCUUCAGAAUUGGUUUCAAUUUAUAAUAUUCGGCCUGAUACCGGCUGCAUUUUUGCUCGUUGCGAACGUUAUAAUGUUAUACUUUGUGAGAAAGGUCCUCAAGCAAAGAGAAAUACUGCUGAAGCGCAAAAACAUACGCGAAGGGAAUAAGUUGCAGGAUCAAGCCCGGCUAACCAUCAUGCUGAUCGGCAUCGUAUUACUGUUCCUCGUGGGCGAGCUGCCAACUCAUUUAGCAUCACGUCGCAGCGCCGUGUCUUUGCUUUAUGGCGGUGAUCCUUCCAGAGUUCACGAGGACUUCAUGGAAAGUUUCCGCAUGUGGGCGACUCUUCUCAACGCACUAUCGAGCUCGACAAAUUUCAUACUCUAUUAUUUGCUGAGUUCAUGCUUUUCUAUGCAUUUCAAACGCAUGUUACUUCCGAAGCAUAUUAUGAAGAGGAAACACGCUAGGAGAGGACCGAUCGCUUAUUUCCACCAACAACCAGGCGGCAGAGCGCAAUGCGAAAUAUUUGUAUUAUAGUAUUAUUGCGUGUAUGUAUGUAUUGCGCGAGCGAUAACAAUAAUCAGUACCCUAUUUAUCUACA